GAGGAGGGGCAGCGGGAGAGGGUCGGUGUUCCACGGCGAGCCCGCUGAGGCCGCAGCUCCGCUGGGCGCGACCGCAUCGCAUUGCCCGGCAGCCCGCAGGAAUUCCCAGUGCCAGACUUUGGCUGGAUGGAGGAAGAGAAGGCUGUGAGGAGGAGGAAGUUGUCCCGGGAACCCCAGGCAGACAAGGAGCCCAGGGAGGACAAAUCCCCUCAGCAGAACCUCGUGGAAGAGGCUGUUUUGAGCGGCCCCAUGGCACAGGAAUGCAACGGGGAGGAAAAGCCGUGGAGAUCCCGCCCGAGGAGGGGCUCCAAACCCAUGCCAGGGUGCUCCGAGGAGGAAGGACCCACCCUGUGCCAGGAAGGCAGCCAGAGAUGUGGCCAGAGCUCUGAGCUGGUGGUGCAUGAACAGCUUCACAAUGGCAAGAAGCUGCACCAGUGCUCGGAAUGUGGGAAGAGUUUCUGUGCAAAGUCCAGCCUGGUCCGGCACCAGAAGAUCCACACUGGGGAACGGCGCUGUGAGUGUGGGAAAUGUGGGAAGCGCUUCAGAGACACCUCUCGCCUGAUGAUCCACCUGAGAGUCCACACUGGGGAACGACGCUGUGAGUGUGGGGAAUGUGGGAAGAGCUUCACUAGGAGCUGCAAAUUGAUUGUCCACCAGAGGAUCCACACUGGGGAACGGCCCUAUGAGUGUGGGGAGUGUGGCAAGAGCUUCACUACGAGCUCCAGCGUGAUCGUCCACCAGAGGAUCCACACCGGGGAACGGCCCUAUGAGUGUGGGGAAUGUGGGAAGAGCUUCACUGACAACUCCACUUUAUCCAAGCACAGGAGGAUCCACACUGUUGAACGGCACUAGAAAUGUGGAGAAUGUGGGAAAGGCUUCAUGAAGAGCUCCCACCUCAAAGGCCACCAGAAGCUGUGCAGUGGGAUAUGACCCUGUGUGUGUGGGCAGUGCAGGAAGAGCUUCUGUGACAGCUCUGGCCUGAUCAUGCAGCAGACAGUGCACACUGGGGAAUGCCCCUACACGUGCUCAGAAUGUGGGAAGAGCUUCAUCCAGCACUCCAAGCUGCUUGUCCACCGGCAGAUGCACAGCGGAGAGAGGCCCUAACAGUGUCCUGAGUGUGGGAAGAGCUUGUCCCAGAGCUGUGCCGUGACCCAUGAGCAGUGGAGGCAGCAGGAAGGGAAGCCCUACAAGUGCCCCGCAUGCGGGAAGAGCUUUGUGCACUGCUCCAACUCCAUCCCCCGUUGGAGGAGCCCAUUGGAUGAUCCCCAGUGAGCCCCAUUGGGCAGAGCCUUGGAGAUCCAUGGUCCUGGUGAUCCAUGGUGGGAAGACAGCUGGCUGGUGGUCUCCACAUCUUCCUGGGCCCCUGGGGGCACCUGGAUACAAAAAGAGCUCAAGGAGACGUGGCCAUGGAUGGUGACAUGGACAUGGAUGGAGACAUGGGGGUGACAUGGACACGGUU